AACUCAGGAGUGGUGGCGACCCGGAGUCUAGGUGACGGGGCGAGACGGGGCCGGUAGGUGGCAGGAGAGCGCCGGGCCGGAGCCGGCGGGGGAGCCAGGCCCAGACGCCCUCACCCUGGCGUACCCGCCCCGGUCUCGAUCGCGGCUGAGGAAGCGGAGGAUGAUCUCCAGAUACACUCGGAAGGCUGUGCCGCAGAGCUUGGAGCUGAAAGGAAUAACAAAACCUGCUCUUAAUCAUCAUCCACUUCCAGAGCAAGUGGAUGAAGUUUCGUCUCCCAAUGACAGCCAUGAAAAGGAUACAAGUUCUCAAAGUGAGUCUGACAUCACCCAAGAAUCACCUUAUACGUCAACUGACACUGGGAACUCAAGGUCUGCUUUUCCAAGUUACACAGGCACAGAAGGCAGCUCAGACUUCUCCUGGGGAUAUGGUGAACUUGACCAAAAUGCCACUGAAAAAGUACAAGCAAUGUUCAUGGCUAUCGAUGAGCUCCUGUAUGAGCAGAAGUCGAGUUCACAUACUGGGAGUCUACAGGAAGAGUGCCAACAGUGGACUUCUAGCUUUCCUCACUUCAGGAUUCUUGGUAGGCAGAUAAUCACUCCAAGGGAAGGUUAUGAAUUGUAUCCUAGAUCUCCUGCUGUUUCAGCUUUACAUGAAGCAACCUUGUCUAAAGAAAGAGAUUCUGCUUUAUUUUGUGUAAGGGGAAAGAAGGUACAUCUUUCAUCUUCUUAUGUUCAUAAAGCACAUCCCAUUGCCAAAGCCCCUGGUUUGUGUGCUAUGGAAAGAGAAGAGGAAGACUGUAUAAUUUUCUCUGAAGGAAUCAUCGAGGAAUACCUAGCUUUUGAUCACACAGACUCGGAAGUGGAAUUUCAUGGGAACAAAUCAGAAGCAGCUAUCAACAAGCAGAAAUUAGGGUACCCUCCCAUUGCUCCAUUUUACUGCAUGAAAGAAGAUAUCCUUGCUUAUGUGUUUGACAAUGUGUGGAACAAGGUUAUAGGCUGUAUGGAGCAGUUGACACGUAGUCACUGGGAAGGAUUUGCUUCUGAUGAUGAGAGCAAUGUUGAAGUCACUAGACCAGAUUCAGAAAGUCCCCAAGAGCUGAGUGAACCACAUCCUUUGGUGUUGCCUCGAGUGCCACAGUCUAAGAUGCUGUCCAUUACUUCAAGUCCGAUGAAUUUCUGUCAAGCAAGUGUUCAUCAGUCAAAUAUGAAUGGUCUCUUGGUUCAUGGAAUGCCUCUACAGCCAAGAAACCUCUCCCUAAUGGACAAGCUCCUUGAUCUUGAUGACAAGCUACUAAUGAGGCCUGGGUCCAGUACCAUCCUUUCAACUCGAAUCUGGUCAAAUCGAGCAUCGGACCUUAGUGCAUCAUCUCUGUUAUAUACAGUACAGUCUGCCAGGAGACGUAACCCCCCACCACGUACCCUUCACCCAAUCAACACGAGCCAUUCACGCACUGGAACACCACGGCCUGUGGAAGAAAUCCUCAGAGGAUCCCAAGUUCCAGUAGCAGUCGACUCGCUGUCCUCUCCCUCACCAAUACCCUUGGGUCGAAAUAACCUACUACCGCCUAUUGGCACAGCUGAAGUGGACCAUCUGCAUACUGUGGGGCCACCAAGGCAAAUGAAAUCCCAUGGAGAUUCUAGUCGAGCUCGAAGUGCAGUGAAUGAGCCCAAGUAUCAGCAGCUGAAGGAGAGGAUCCUGUUACCUGACUUCUUCUCCAGGCCCAACACAACUCAGUCAUUUUUGCCAGAUACACAGAAUCGUCUUUCUUGUACAGCUGAGUAUCCUCAUCAGACCCGACCUGGCAGGAGAUCUGCAGGUCCUCAGUUCCACAGGUCUACAAAAUCCCAAAGCAGAGGUGGACCAGUCUCUAGAAGCAAGCAAGGACUAUAAAACAAAUGAGAACCCAUUAGGUUGCAGCAAAACACAAGAUAAGACUUCAUGAAUCAGUGUUCAAUCAUCACAUGAUGCAGACUUUGUACUAGAUCAACAUGAACCCACCUUCUUGAUGAGUUAUUCUGAUACAACUGAUGAGAAAAACACAAGAGUAUCCACCAAAGACUGCCUGGGCACCGUUUCUGCCUCCAGUUACUGUCUUCUUUCAGCAUAAGUCAACCUAUUCCAAUGGACAGUGAAGAUUGUACCCAAAGAUGUAACAAUGAAUAAUUACCCCCAAAUUACUACUCAUGUUGUCUGUUAACAAUAAUCAGUUCAAUUAUUAUAGGAUCUUGAAAUGAUUUAUAUACAAAAAGCAACAAAUAAUUGUUUGAUAAUAUCACUGGCUUAAGAAUAGCUGCUUAUAUUAAUUUCUGGAGAACUGUACUCAGUUUAAGUCAAUGUAAGAGUAUUAUGAACAGUUUGAGCUACUUAUCCAAUAAAUGUCAUUCCUAGUGCUUUCUGGUUAGAUGUUCAAUAUCAAUAGAAUGAAAUGGAAGGGUUGAGUAAAGACAUAAGCACAGGUAGAAAGUAACCUAUGUAAUAAAUUGUCACUUUUUUUCACUCAGAAAGGACCUCACUUAGUCUUACGUAAUGACUGCUUGAGAUCAGGUUAUGCUGAUUUUCUUUGUACUUCUAAAGCUAAGAAAGUUAUUAUUAAAAAAUUGCAAAUAACCAAUGUAAAAAAGGCUGGCAGAGUGACUAAAGUAGCAGAGUGCCUGUCUGGCAAGCACAGGCCUUGAGUUCAAAUCCCAGGACUGCUAAAAUAUAAUA